AUGAAAGUUCGUAGGAAGGAUUUACUCAAAUUCUUUCUAGCAGAAUUUUUAGUUUUAAUCAUAACAGCUCUUCUGAUAUUCUCAAGGAUACCAGAUACUUCAACAUUUUCUGAGAUUAAGCGUCAUAAAAUCAAAUCUUUCAGAUUAAAAUUCGAAAUUUCCAAAGAAACAACUCGAUUCAAAAGAUUAAUGUAUAACACAGUUGAUACAUCAAUAACACAAUACAUUGAAUCAUGUUUAGGUAGCGAUUAUUAUCAUCCUGAAUCUGGUGAUUGUUCAAACCAUUCAGGAUUAGGAAUUACAGCAAUAUCAUCACUAGAUACGCUUUAUAUCAUGGAAAAUCACAAGUUGUACAAAAAAUUACGUAAAUGGACUGAAAAAUCUUUUACUUGUAAACAAAAUAGAUUCCUUCACACAAAAGAUCUCUUCAUUCAUAUUAUUGGAGGAUUAAUUAGUAUAUAUACACUAACAGGCGAUGAAAUGUACUUGAAUAAACUCGAUGAAUGCGCUGAAAUUGCAUCACAUGCAUUUUCUCGACCAAUUCCAUUUCCUUUAGCACAUGGAGAACUUCCCUUAACGAAACAAUAUAAUUUUAUACAAGGAACAUAUCUUGGAGAUUCAGGAAGCUUUUUGCUUGAAUCAAAAGCGCUUUCCUUGUUUUUGAACCAAGAAAAAUUCAAAGGAUACAUUAAUUCUUAUUUGGAAUACGUUAGAAGAUACGUAAAUAACGGAUUUCCAAUGAUUCUUUCACAAAAUUCAAAUUUAAUGACUGAAUCGAGUCGAAUAUCAUCAUUUUCAGCAUCAUUUUAUGCAAACUUAAUAAGAUCUUAUAUAUACGAAAAAACAGAGAUCGAAGAAAUUUUAAUUGACUCAUUUUUAGAUAAUUUCAGACAUUAUGCUCUCCACAAUAUCACUGGCUUCUCAAAUGAGAAUGAAAAUCAAUUUGAAUCCGAUAUUUGCCAACUUGUUCCACUUUUACGUUAUAUUAACAAAUCAAAAGAAGAUUUUUACCAAAAAAUCCAUGUCCAAUGCUAUAAAAUGGGCAAUGAUACAUUACCUUUGACAAGAGAGCCCGUUAAAUAUUAUUCUUUUGAUACUUUUGAAACUCCUUUUAAUUUUGAUUCAUCUCUGCUUGAAGAUCAUCUUUUGAAGAACCAAUCAUUCGAAGAACUAUUGCUAACAAGAUAUAUAGAUGAUCCAAUUAGAAAUGGAGUAUUUUGUAACUUAGAAAGUCAAGAAAAAAUUAAAUAUGAAGAUUUUAUGCCUCCAGAAGCAAUUUCUAAAUGGGCAAAGCUUCUCUUUCUUGAUGGUACCCCUGUUUCAUACAAUAAUUUUGUAUUUAACGAAGCAGGUCAUUUUAUUCCAAAAUCAUUUUAA